AAGCACCUACCGUCUUGCCACCUGCGCCUCGCGGUCGGCAGGAAUGUUUAGUUCUGCCGCGAAAGUCUAAAUGAGACUUUAGCCGCGAAUAAGUCUCUUCCCGUCUCGUAAAUUACUUUAUAAACGGACCCUAUUCACAUUCUCAGUGCAAUUAUGGAUAUCUCGUGGCUUAUCUGCGUGUGGAUAUGCGCCAUUGGCGUUGCACACGCAAACGUAAAGAGCAAAGUCAAAUGUUCGGAAGAAUGGAUGGAAGUGGACAUCAUCAGAAGCAGUCCAGAAGCAAACAUAUACCUCCAACAAUUAAAGAACUAUCCAGAUGAAGGAUGCAAGCCUCAAUUACAGAAUGGAGUAGCAACGUUUAGGUUAUCCAUUCUGGACCGAGACUUGUCUCGCUGCGGCAUCACUCGUGUCGUCAAUAAAUUAACGGGUCAAAAGGUGUACUAUCACCAGAUAGUUGUGGAGGAGCCAGCUGAUUCAAGGAAGCACACCUUCACAGUGAAGUGUGUCAUCACCGAAGUCAUCGUCCAGCCUGGUAUCACCCUCGGCAAUUACACAUUUAUUCCAUCCAAUCACACGGUUGUCCGGCGCAACGUGCUUCCAGCAGGAUUUCAGGAGGAGGAACACAUCACAGACGCAGGAACCAUUAUGUCAUCAGCACCAUCUCCAGAAUUAGGAAUAGGCGUCAGGCAAAAUAACGUGCUGGUAACUGGAGAAUUAAGCGUCAGUCCCGGCACACCUCUUCAAAUGGAAAUUUAUCUACAACCUGAAUCUGCUCCAACUUAUGGUCUUCUGGUGACCCAUAUGACGGUCACUGACAGGGUCGAAAAAUCAAAUCAGGAAGAGGCGAUCAUCUUCAACGGGUGCUCGGUAGAUCCAUACCUUUUCGAGAACUUCAACACAAUCAACGGCGACUUCCUACAGGCAAAGUUCCGAGCUUUUAAAUUUCCCGACAGCAACUACGUUCAGUUCCGCGGUACCGUUAACGUCUGUCUGGACAAAUGUGACGGGAUCGAGUGCAGUAAUGGACAAAUCGGAUAUGGCAGAAAGAGGCGGGCCAUCACAUCGUCCAAUAAAAAGCAGAACCAGCUCUAUGAAGUGACCAUGUCCACCUUCAUGAAGGUAGAUAACCACGAAUCAGACAUGGCGGAAUUCUCGGAAUUCAUUCGCAAGGGAAAAAGCAACAGGACAGAAGAGCAGCCAGUGAUUACUGAAGAGGUUAGAGAAAAAUUCCAGUACAAGGUUUCAGAAGCGGCAACUAAUGGUUCCAGUAACGAUAAACUCGUGAAUUUCUUUGUUGUCCUCCUCUGUCUUUGUACCGUUUUAUUUAAAUAGAAAUAAUCGUCGAAGUUGACAA